AUGUCUUACGCCAAACCAUCCAGCCGAUACUAUGCCGACUAUGAACGGGCUCUCGAGAAAGCUGUUGAACGACCGAGAUUAUCUCCGCCCUCAUCUGCACCUUCAUCUCGUACCUCAUCAGCCACCUCCUUGCAACCUACCUCGCCGGUAGCCGAGUGGUGCCAUCAGAUGCACUUGAUCCAGAAGCGGAAGUACGACUGGUGUACCGGCUGCUAUCCCAAGCCUCCACCCGUCCCCAGCACCGUCAAGAUCCCCUCACAGAAAGUGCUGCAGCAGUCGAGAAUGGGCAACGAACCUGGCCAUGCGUACCAAUAG